CCAUUCUACAGCCGUCCAUUAACCGACGGCUGCGCGACGUCCACCUGUCCACAAAAGCGCUAGCUACAAGAACCCUAAUCUUCGCUUUUGUCCACAUUUUCACGCAAGAAGAAUGGGCGCUUGGGACGAUGCCGAGGCUGGUGUUGCGGGGAUCUACGGCGGCGGCGCUGGAUCUAGCAAGGAAUCGGCGCUGCCGAGGACGCCGUCGGUGGAUGAUCUGUUUGCCCCAUUGUGGAGAUUGGAGGUCCAGCAGCAGAGCCUAGGUCAGAUCCAAGAUCUCGGCGCAGCGAAUUGGAAGAGCGUCGAUCGCGUCCCCAAAUUCCCAGCCGGGGGCCCAGAGAGGGAUUUCGCUCCCGGUCCGGCUCUUCCAGCUCUGGAUCACUCUGUUCCUCCGUCGACCUCCACCUCGGAAGAGGACCAGCAGCUCCUGGGCGUGGACGACAAGAAGCAAAAGCGAAUGCUUUCCAACCGCGAGUCCGCGCGUCGAUCGAGGCUGAGGAAGCAGCAGCAUAUGGAGGAGCUGCGAUCCCAGCUGCUGGAUCUGCGAGCGCAGAACAGCCACAUUCUUGGCAAGCUGAGCGUGGCAUCGCAGCAGUUCUCGCAGAUCAGCCAUGACAACCAGCUCCUUCGCUUGCAAGCGUCGGAGCUCGGCCGCCAGCUGCAGCGAUUGCAUCGCCAAGCGAGCGUCCAUCACCCGGAUGGGCUUCACGCGUUUGGAUUUGGGACGAGCCAUUUGGAUCCACCGGGCGUGGCUCUGCGACCCAGCUCGCCCCCUCCUCGCUCGGCCUACGCGAUUGUCACGGAUGUUCUCCAGGGAUCAAGCUUGUGCUCGUGAGUAGCUCAUUGCGAUCGAUCGAUCGAUCAAGAAUUUUAAGUUCUUCCAUCGAUGGAAGAACCGAAUUUUCGCCUGUACAUCUAAAAGACUCCUAUUCUUUCGUGCACAA